AAACCUGGAGAAAACGACUCAACAAUCACCAAACGAGGGACCCUGAGCACAAGACCUGGAAUCUGUUUCAUCGUUUCGCCCGUGUGUGCUGGAGAAAUGUUUCCGAGCAAAGCGAAGACUGAGGCGGACACAUCAGCGUCUCCCGGCGGGGACACCCGGCCGCAUCUCCCGCAGGAGACCCGCACUGACCCGCUGAUGGACCAAACACAGGGCUCGUGCGUGCCUUCCGGUUCGUUUGUUCCCACGGUCACGGCGAUCUCCAGCACCCGGGACCUGCAGUGGAUGGUCCAGCCGACCAUCAUCACGUCUGUGAGCAGAGCUAAAACUAAAACAGCUGGAGGAAAGAGCAAAAGCGCGGGCGGGAAGAGCAAGAGCGAGCAGCUCUCAGCAGAGGAAGAGGAGAAGAAGAGGAUCAGGAGAGAGAGAAAUAAAAUGGCUGCAGCAAAGUGUCGCAACAGACGGAGAGAGCUCACCGACACCCUUCAGGCAGAAACUGACCAGCUAGAAGAGGACAAGGCUGCUCUACAGGCUGAAAUUAAGAGUCUUCUGAAGGAGAAGGAAAGGUUGGAGUACGUGCUGGCCACUCAUAAACCUCUUUGCCAACUGCCUGAAGAGCUGGACUGUCUCUUUCCAGAGUCUCCUCAGCCACUUCCAACUCCAGAAGCGGCCACCAAACUCCCUGAUGAAAGUCCACACGAUGCCAGUCCUCUUCAGGACAUGGAGAUCCCAACGGUUCCAUCCACGGCUAUUUCUGGGAACUCCAACAUCCUGUUGUGCUCAAGCGCAGAAGUCAGUUUGUGUGAUUUGGAGCCAUCACUGGAUAUCAAUGACGAUCUCCUCGCCACCGUCGACGAGGACCGCGUGUCAGCCGGAGCGGCCCGUUCCGUCCCCGACAUAGACCUGACUGGCUCGCUGGGCAUCACGGACUGGGAGACUCUCUACAAGUCUGUGGCCAAUGAUCUUGAACCUUUAAGCACCCCGGUGGUGAACACAUCCACACCCACCUGCAGCAACUACCUGUCCGUCUUUACUUUCGCCUGCCCUGAGCUGGACUCGCUGUCCGAGGGUCUGGAUGCUUGUAAAGGCGGAGCGACCAAAGCAGAAUCUAGCGUUGAUAUCCUCAACUCUCCAACCCUACUGGCCUUAUAAACGCAAGCGUAUGUGAUGUAAUGUCACGAUAUUGUUAUUUAUCAUUGGAUUUGGCCGUGUUCAGAUUUGGGAGGUUGGUGUGAUGCCAGAUAUUCUACGGAUGCAUCCAUGACACCACGUGUAAUGCGUGGGUGGGAUGUCACUUUCUUCCAGAUGCAUUUGAUGUAGCCCAAAUACAAGAGCAUGGAUUAUAAUUAUUUUUUGAGCAGAUAUGAACUAUGUUCUGGCCUUAGAAGCAUGCACAGAGAUAUCAUGAAAUAUAUAUAAGUAAAUAUAUAAUACAUAUAUAGGAUAUAUGUAUCCGUUUCAUAUUUGUUUGAUCUGGUGCUAAGUUCCGUAUUGUGGAAUUGACUGCAAUUUUGUGUUUGUCUUUAUGGCAAUAGUUUACUGUAUCAUUGCGUGCUGUGCUUUGAUAUCCGUACAGUCAUAACAGUUAUCACACAUACCUCAGUGUCAUCGUUCGACUGUGUUUUCACAUUGUUCUGACAUUUUUAGAGUUUUCCAUGAAAACAUUCAGUGCUAUAUCGAUGGAGAUGUAUUUUAUAAUAAUUUAUUUUUUUACAUUUUAAAUUUGACUUUGUCAAAUGAAAAGCAUUGACUGCUGAAUAAAUCCUCAUUAUGGAUUUGUGUUC